CUCUGCUUGUCAGGAAGCAAGCUGAUUGGCCGAGGCCUAGCAAAGAGUGCCCGGGGAUCCAAAACUGCAGGCCGCACUUAGCUUACCGUCAAAAAUAAACCAAAACAAUAAUAGUCAAAACGGAGGAGGGUGAGAAACACCGAAAGAGUCGGAAGACGACAUUAUCAGAUGGAUCAAAUGCAUUGAUGGGAGGACACGUCUAAUAUCCUGUUUUUAUUUUAAGGUUCUGGGCAGCAAAUGUGAAGUUUUCAGGUUGUUUUAUUUUCCCUGAAUUAAACAUGGACCAAGGAGGUGGUGUGUUGGAAUUACAUACACAGGAGCUGAAGAUGCCCCAUGCUAUGAUCAUGCAAGACUUUGUUGCAGGAAUGGGUGGCUUGGCACACAUUGAUGGGGAUCACAUUGUGGUGUCUGUGCCAGAGGGCAUGCUCCUUUCUGACGUGAUGACGGACGAGGGCAUCCUCCUGGAGCAUGGGCUUGAAGUGGAGGGCCUGACUCAGGUAGUGGAAGGCCUUGAAACUGAAGUAGUGGAAAGUCUACACGCGGAUGUCGAGGGAUUGGAGGCAGAGGUGGUUGAUGGGCUACAGACACAAGUGGUGGAGCUGGAGGCUCAUGUUGUGGAAGGCCUAGAUGGUGAAGUGGAGGUGGAGGGCCUUGAAGCACAGGUGGUCGAAGGUCUGGAAACCGAGGUCGAUGUGGAGGACCUGGAAGCUCAUGUUGUCGAAGGCCUUGAGGAAGAAGUGGAGGUGGAGGGACUAGAAGCAGAGGUUGUUGAGGGUCUGGAGGUGGACGUAGAAAGUCUGCAGUCUCAGGAUGUCGACGGCCAUGAAAUAGGAAACGAGGACAUGGUACAGUCGGAACACAGUGUGAUCAUGCCGGAAAACAUCUUGGGGACAGAGGUCGCAAUAGAGGCGGCUCUGGACCACCACCACGUGCUAACCUCGGACCUUAUCCAGGAUGCCAACCCUGACGACAUGUCAGACCAAGUGUUUGUAGCAGAGCUUCUGUCUGAGCACCAGGACAACACUCUAGACCACCAACUUGUAGCAGAGGGGCUGAUGGUGACAGAAGCCAGUGCAGAGACCAUAAUCCACCAACAACUUCCAUCUGAGGCGGUUCCUCUGCAGAUGGAUGAGGAUGAUGAUGGAAGAAGCAGCUCUGAAGAUUACCUCAUGAUUUCCUUGGACGAGGUGGGAGAGAAACUGGACAUAGGAGACACCCCUCUGGAGAUUAGCACCGAGGUAAUGGAAGACAAGGAGUGCAAGGAGGAUGGUGCUGAAGUUAUCAAAGUCUACAUUUUCAAAGCAGAGGCAGAUGAUGAUUUAGGUGGAACAGAGGUAAUCACUGAGGAUGAUUAUCAAAAUGGCCACCCAGAUCUUGAAGCUGCAUCAUCAGGAAGACUUGGAGUUGGCCGUGACAAGAUGGUCUACAUGGCAGUCAAGAAGGAACCAAAAGUAGAAGAGGACGAUGAGGAUGACAGUGAUGAGGACGAUGAUGAUGACAUUAGUAAUACCAUAGAUCAGGUGAAGAAUGGAGCAGCAACACAAUUUUUACAAAUUCGAGAAGGUUUGGCCGCCAAUCGUGCUCUCAAACCCAAAGCAAAGAAAAAGAAGAAAGGGGAGACUCGCCAGUGUCAGACCGCUGUCAUCAUUGGGCCUGAUGGCAUGCCUUUGACUGUAUACCCCUGCCACAUAUGUGGAAAGAAGUUUCGCUCACGAGGCUUCCUCAAAUGCCACAUGAAAAACCAUCCGGACCACCUCCUAAAGAAGAAGUACCAGUGUACAGACUGUGACUUCACCACCAACAAGAAGAUCAGUUUCCACAACCAUUUAGAGAGUCACAAGCUGCUGAGCCACAACAGUGAGCGCUCUCCAGAAUACACAGAGUACGCACGGCGCCACCAUGAGUCCAGCCCCCUGGGCUCUGACAAGCUCAUUGUCAAGGACCGAGAACCCAAGUUGCAUCACUGCAAGUACUGUGACUAUGAGACUGCUGAGCAAGGCCUGCUCAAUCGUCACCUGUUGGCGGUGCACAGUAAGAACUUUGCACAUGUGUGUGUUGAGUGUGCCAAAGGCUUUCGCCACCCGUCCGAGCUGAAGAAACAUAUGCGGACCCACACAGGCGAGAAGCCCUAUCACUGUCCGCACUGCGAAUUUCGCUGUGCAGAUCAGUCCAACUUAAAGACUCACAUCAAGAGCAAGCAUGGAGCAGAUCUGCCCUUCAAGUGCAGCCACUGUCCGCAAGCUUACGCCGAUGCACGGGAACUCCAACGUCACAUCGAGAUGGUGCAAGGCCACAAGACCCAUCAGUGUCCUCACUGUGAGCACAAGAGCACUAACUCCAGUGACCUGAAACGACACAUCAUCUCUGUUCACACCAAGGACUUCCCUCACCAGUGUGACGUGUGUGAGAAAGGCUUUCACAGGCCCUCGGAGUUGAAGAAACACGCCGAGACGCACAAGGGCAGCAAGGUGCACCAGUGCCGGCACUGCAACUUCAACGCUCCUGACACGUUCACCUUGAGUCGCCAUAUUCUAUCCUUGCAUACCAAGGAACUUCCAUUUAAGUGCAAAAGGUGCCGGCGAGGCUUCCGGCAGCCUGCAGAGCUGAAGAAACACAUGAAGACGCACAGUGGUAGAAAGGUUUAUCAGUGCCAGUAUUGUGAGUACAACAGUACGGACGCUUCUGGCUUCAAGCGGCAUGUCAUCUCCAUUCACACCAAGGACUACCCACACCGCUGCGACUACUGCACCAAAGGCUUCAGGAGGCCUUCUGAGAAAAGCCAGCACAUAGCCAGGCAUCACAAAGACAUGUUAAUGUAAUGUGGUCACUCUUAAUUAAGCUCACUCCUCCCCCCGCAGUAAAUCUGUGUCACACACUUGGAGGUAAUAUUAUUGUAUUAAACAUAAACAUAAACAUGGUGUAGGCUGUUGAAGGCAACUACAUUAUAUUUGCCGUUCUGUGUUGUAAUGGGUGUAAGAAACUCCUCCUAAUGCCAGAACACGUUUUAGUUGUGAGUGAAAUCUUAAAAAAAAAAAAAAAAAAACUAAAUGAGUGUGCGCACCGAGUGGGACAUCUGUAAAUUAUGUUUUUUUUUGUUGUUGCAGAAAAUCACAUAAGAACAUAUAUUCAGGGUUUCAAAUGUCUAUUUUUAUACCCAUUCAGCUGAAAUGCUGCAAGAGGCUAAUUCUGUCCUGAAAAAAUGGAAAUGGUGGUUAAUGAACGCCAUUCUUCCUCUUCAGAAGAUAAAAAAAUAUCCAUAGUACCCAGCAGUAUCAUUAUAACCAGCUUUUACCCCAACAUUUAUUUUCACUACCAUCUGUUGUUCUUACAGCUUACACCAUUCAGGAGCUCCUAAAAGGCUUUUGAGUGAUGUUUACAUACCUUACGCACCUUCUGAGCAUAUCUAGCGGUUUCCUCCAUUCUGCAUUUAAAUACUUAAAUUUCCCUCAAAAUGAUCACGUAAGAUGCAACUGUAAUCAGUUAUAUUUGUAUUAAAGUUAAUUCAGGGUUCCGGGACUGAUCAGGCAGAUGAGUCAAGUUGAUCAAGUCUAACAUCUCGUCGUCUUGCAGAAAUCUGACAAUUCUAAUUAAGAUGGUGCUACAAAAUGAAACAGGUUUUUAAGAAAUGAAUUAGGUGGUUGGCUUCAUGUUUGUUAACCACUCCGGUGGUUACAUCCGACUGUUGUAAACUGCAUUGUGUAUGAUGUUACCUUUGACACUGAUGUGCUCAGUUAAAUAUUUGCUAUCAUGCCUUACAUCUGCUGGUCUUUCUCCCUUAAGCACUGAUGAACACAGCCAAUUUGAAAAUAAGUGAUUUUUUUUUAACUCAAACAUACUGUAUCAAUCCCAUUCUCCCAGAGAUUGUGUGUUUGAGUCAGUAGAAGGCACUUUAAUACCUUGUAUUUUUUGUAUUUUAAUGACAUGUAUGGGGUAUAUAAAUAUAUGUAUAUGUUUAAGAUAUAUAUACAUAUAAUAUAAACCCUAGCUAAUGAUUACAACGCCUUGUGAGUGGGUAAAUGUUAUCUAUAGCAAAUGGGCACAAUACAAUUGUUGUCGAAAGUGGUGGGUGAAACCAUUUAUUGUUCUGUUCCAUGGCAAAGAAGUGUGUGGGUUUUGUGUUUUGGUUUGUGCUCACUUAACAAAGGUUUCCAGACCCUAGUCCUGCAGUCCUAUACGUAAACCCAGUCCAAUCCCGCAUUUGGGAUGAUUCCGUUGUCGGUGGUCAUCAUAAUGGCAUUAGUCUAUUAAGUAUGCACAUAUGCUGUUUCCAUGAAAUUGUGGUAUAUAUUAAAAUCCCUGCAUUUCA